CAUCUUCUUCUUCUCCAAUCUCCAUUGUUAGCUUCGAUUUCAGUCUUUCUAUCUGAGAUGACAAAAGUAUAUCCAAAUGCCUCCGUAGUUUCUAAUUCCAUCAAUACUGCUAACAGUAAUUGUACUUCUUCAUCUAUGAUUUCCGCAUAUUCCGAUGAAAAUUGCCGAAUGUUUACGGUAUGGAAGAAAUCUCUGCUUUUCAAUUGUGAUGGAUUUACCGUGUUGGAUGCUAAAGGUAGUUUGGCUUUCCGCGUCGACAACUACGGAUCCACCGGUGAGGUUGUUCUCAUGGACGCCUCCGGCAAGCCUCUUCAAACAAUCCGUCGCAAGAGAUUGAGCAUGUCGGGGAAUUGGUUGUUAUACGAUGGUGAGAAGUUAACGAAUCCAAUAUUAUCAGUUAGGAAACAUGUAAGCCUUCUUUCAAACGCAAGGUCCUGUUUAGCUCAUGUAAAUACAAUGUUAUUGGGAAACAAAGGGAGAUCAGUGUACGAGAUUGAAGGCUCUUACACAAAGAGAUGUUGUGUCAUAUAUGAUUCCAAUAGGAAUCGUGUUGCUGAGAUCAAGCGGAAGGAGUCUGCUGUUGUUGGCGCAGCCUUUGGUUUUGAAGUUUUCAGGUUGAUCAUUGUAGAGCCAGAUCUCAUCGAUUCUUCUGUUGCCAUGUCACUUGUUAUCCUCCUCGAUCAAAUGUUUGGAUCUCCCAAGCGUUAAGUUCAUUAAUUGAUUGCAUCUCAUCGCAUUAUGUAGUGUUGUUGUUUCCAUUGUCACUUGUCAUCCUCGUUGAUCAGAUGUUUAGUUGUUGUUUUCCUCCCCUCUUCAUGGUGCUUUUUUUCAUGGUUGGUAUUCAUUCAACCUUGCUUCCCUUUUUUCUUUAUAAAGGGUAGAAGCUAAAUGUAAGAGAAAGGUGGGGAUAUAGUUAGAUUUGUUUGUACUAUUGUUGUUUCUCUUUUGACCAAAACAAAAAUAUUCCAUUUUCUUUCUUGUA